AUGGACGAAAAAAAGAUUAUUUUCUACGAUAUUGAACCCGCUGCUCCAGUGGAGAAGCAUGUUUAUGCUCCUAACCCUUGGAAAGCCCGAUAUGCCCUCAAUUUCAAAGGCGCCCCGUACUUAACACAAUGGGUAGCUCUCCCAGAUGUUGCCAAAACACGACUUAGCCUUAACAUCCCAGCAAGUCGCAAGUUUGCCGAUGGCAAAGACAUGCAAACUUUACCUGUUAUUAACGAUACGGCCACUGGUACUAUACUGGGUGACUCAUUCGACAUCGCUAUCUACCUGAACAAGACCUACCAAGGCGUGGGUGAUUUAUUCCCGGCUCAGAAACUCGACUUCGACUUUGAGCAUCCCUACAUACUGAUUCCUUUGUCGGAAUGCAACAACAAGAAGUUUCCCGAUUAUGCGAAGUUCAACAUGAACGUUGAUGCGGCAUUUACUGCUCAUAUUCAACUCGGGGUUCAGGGUAUGCCAUUUGAUCCUGCCAGAGAAGACGAGUGCAAAGCCGAGUUCUUGAGCCGUGCAGGACUAUCGUCAUGGGACGACUUCACGCUGAGCGAUGAAGCGCGAAUCAAACUUAUGGAGUCUCUUAAAGAGAUGCUGGGCACUCUGGCGGUGCUUUUCAAGAGAAACACGCACGGACCCUUCCUGCUUGGAGCCAGUGCCAGUUAUGCUGAUAUUAUCGUUGGUGCGUGGCUCCGCAUGAUGAGUGUCACGUUCCCAGAUGACGAGUGGAAACAAGUCACGAGCUGGCAUGACGGUGUUUUUGGCCAAUUGCAUGACGCAUUGGGAGUGUUUCGACUGGUGAAAUAG